CCCGGACAAGUCACCAAUGCGCAUCGAUCCCAGUCAACAACAUCCCGCGAGCUUUCACGACCCAAGCUACUCUCUCUCGAAACUAGCACGCUUUGUUCAGGAGUUUCUUUAAGAGCAUUUUACUACCUUGUCUGAGAAUACGUGCACCUUGACCUCAGUCCACAAUGGCGUCGAGUAAGGCCUCCCGGCUUGGGGAAGAGUACGUCGGGAGGACACGGAUGGACAAGGUCAACGCCGAGCUGGUUGUCCUCACAUACGGCACCAUCGUCGCGCAGCUCUGCAAGGACUUUGACAGCGACUACGUCGAGGUCAACAAGCAACUCGACAAGAUGGGCUACAACAUUGGCCUGCGGCUGAUCGAGGAUUACCUGGCCAAGUCCAACACGGUCAGGCGGUGUUCCAACUUUCGGGAAACAGCAGAGAUGAUCGCCAAGGUCGGUUUCAAGAUCUUUCUCAACAUCACGCCCACCAUAACGAACUGGACGAGCGACGGCAAGCAGUUCUCGCUCGUCUUCGACGAGAACCCGUUCGCCGACUUUGUCGAGCUUCCGGACGACGGCCGCGCCCAGGACGAGCUGUGGUACUCCAACAUACUCUGCGGCGUGCUGCGGGGCGCCUUAGAGAUGGUCCAGAUGCAGGUGGAGGCCCACUUCGUCAGCGACGUGCUGCGGGGGAACGACACGACCGAGAUGCGCAUCAGCCUGAUACGGUACAUUGACGACGAACUGCCGCCAGAAGACGACUAGGUGUUCUACAGGGGGUAAUUCAGUGGGGGGAAGGUCAUUAAUUGGUUCUGGUUUACAUGCGAAGCGAACGUAUGCGUUCUGCAAGAGGCAAGUGAUCAGGCGCAACAAGGCGCCGCUCGACGCCGCUGGCCGUUUUGGGCCGACCGUUCCGAGUUUCAGUCGGAUAGGGUCAUGG